AUGGCUUCUUCCACAAGCUCCUUUACUGCCUCUUCUUCUUCUACUCCUUCCAUCCCUAAAACAAGUCCUUAUGAUGUUUUCUUGAGUUUUAGAGGCGAAGACACCCGCUAUAAUUUCACUGAUCACCUCAACCAAGCAUUGGUUAGGAGAGGCAUUCGCACCUUCAGAGACGAUAAAAUCAGGAGAGGAGAAGAGGUUGCUCCAGAACUCUUGAAAGUCAUUGAAGAAUCAAGGUCUUCCGUAAUUGUUUUCUCUAAAAACUAUGCUCAUUCAAGAUGGUGUUUGGAUGAGUUGGUAAAGAUCAUGGAGUGCCAGAAAGAUCUGGGACAUACUGUUUUCCCAAUUUUCUAUCAUGUGUAUCCAUCCGAUGUACGAAGGCAAACAGGAAGUUUUGGAGAGGCCUUUGACCGUUAUGAAGGAAUCGGGACGGACAAGAUACCAAGGUGGAGGGAGGCCCUGACCCAAGCAGGCAAUCUUUCUGGAUGGCAUCUACUAGAUGGGUAUGAGUUUGACCAUAUUAAGAACAUUACUGAUAGCAUAUUUCGUCGAUUGAAUUGUAAGAGGUUCGAUGUUGGUGCCAAUUUAGUUGGUAUAGAUUCUCGUGUAAAGGAGAUGAUUUUGCGGUUGCAUAUGGAAUCAAGUGAUGUUCGUAUUAUUGGGAUAUAUGGAGUCGGUGGGAUAGGUAAGACAACCAUCGCAAAAGUUAUAUAUAAUAUACUUUCUCACCAAUUUGAAUGCAUGAGCUUUCUUGAAAAUAUUAGAGAGGUUUCCAAUACUCGAGAUUUGCCUCACUUACAAAAUCAACUUCUUCAUGAUAUCCUAGAGGGAGAAGGAAGUCAAAAUAUAAACAAUGUUGACCAAGGAGCAAAUAUGAUAAAGACCAUUCUCUCGUCUAAAAAAGUUUUUAUUGUUCUCGAUGAUGUUGACAAUUUAAAUCAAUUAGAAGCUCUACUUAGAAAUCGUGAAUGGCUUGGAAUAGGAAGUAGAGUCAUCAUGACAACAAGAAAUAAAAAUUUGUUAAUUGCACAAGAAGUGGAUGUCUUAUAUGAGGUUGAGGGAUUGAAUUUUGAAGAAGCUUAUGAACUUUUCAGUUUGCAUGCCUUUAAACAAAAUCAUCCCAAAUCAGAUUUUGUAAACCUUUCACACAGUGCAGUACAUUAUUGUCAAGGCCUUCCAUUAGCUUUGAAAGUUCUAGGUUCUCUCUUGUUCAACAAGACAAUGCCUCAAUGGGAAAGUGAACUGCAUAAACUGAAAGAGAAUAUGAAGCAAAAAUUGAUAGUGUGCUUAAAAGAAGCUAUGAUGGAUUAG